ACGAUCUUUGUGUUUCUCCUUCUCCCUGAGAGUGAGCCCUCUCGCUAACAGACUAUCCUCUCCUCUGCUAACCCUCUCAACGGCCGGUGUCUCCAUGGAUGAAUUAUAGGAUAUUUUAGGGGUGUUUUCAGCUUCUCUCCGCCGCAGAUUCUCGCCCAACACUCGGAUGUUUCUCCCCAUGUUUCCCUCCUGAUGAGCGGCCCGGAGGCUGUGAUCCCAGCGGCUCCCGGAGGAUGGAGGGGCUGAGCGGGGCCCGGCUCCUCGGCCCGGUGCUCCUCCUCUCCUCCCUGGCGGCUCUGGUGAGCUGCCACCCCGGGACCUGCAGGCACCAAGCCCCGCCGCCCGAGGAGGUGGUCCAUCAGGUUCACCUGAAGCCUGAGCGGCUGACGAAGAGGAGCUCACCUGAAGACCUCCAGCUGCAGAUUGAGAUCAUCUACGACCACAGCGUGGACCAGUGAGUCCUGCAGCAGCACACUCUGCAGUCUUUACAUUUCAUCACGUUUCCUUUC